UGGCAUUGUCGGACUGACCAAUUUGGUGCCAUACUGUGCUACAAAGUAUGCGGUACGUGGCAUGAUGGAGGCGCUACAUGAGGAGAUACGCGAUGGACCCUACAAAGAUUUUAUAAAACUCACCGUUGUUUAUCCCUAUAUGACCAAUACUGGCCUUUGUAAACGUCCGAAAGUCAAAUUUCCCUCAAUGCUUGGUCUUCUAGAUCCCAAGGAGGUGGCCAAGCAUAUAGUGGAGGCGCAUCGCUCCAAUGUCAAUGAAACCACAAUACCAACUAGUCUUCUGCAUAUCAACAAUUGGUGUCGCCUACUGCCGUUACGUUGCGGUCUCUUGUUGAAGGAUUAUAUAGACAGCGGGGUAGAGUCGGAUCUGUGAGUGUAGGCGUUGCUGCGGAAACAAAUAAAUUUUUGAAGGACGUUUUA